AUGUGUCGGGUGCGUGAGCUCGGAUUGUUGCGUGUUUGUCGUCCCUCUCUCAAGUUGGCCAGUCGUCUGUCAGUCCCCGUCUGUGCCGCAUCGUCCAGUGUGGGGUUAGCCGCACAAACGAGACGGUACAACUUUACGAUCACUAACACGUGGGACAAUGGUGAUGGUCAUGGGCGACCUGUUUUUUCCAUCAAUGGCAAAACUCCCGGUCCACUUAUUGAGGCAGAUGAGGGUGACGAGAUCGAGGUGUUCCUGGACAAUCAGCUGUCUUUCGACACAACCAUGCACUGGUACGUGUCGAUCCAACCUCGCGAUUUCUACACCUACCGGUUCACCGUCCAGCAACAGUACGGGAGCUACUUCUACCACGGCCAUUUCGGUCCUGCUCUUACAGACGGAAUGCGUGAUAUCGAGGGCAUGAAGCGUGCCGAGAAGAACGCGAAGCAUGUUGUUAUAAGCGACUGGAAUGCUGAACCUAUGGGUAUAUUGUUGAUCAUGUCUCGCGAUACAGGUGUUUGCAGCAACUCGAUUGUAUUGAAUGGGAAAGGGAGAACCUUUUGUCAUUCGGAUAAGCAGAUUGAGCUCGCGGGUGGCCCCGGGAGAAAAUCCCUGGGAUGUCUGAUACAGCAGGGCCAGAAAGAGGCUCAUCAUGAACUGCAGAUAAGCGUGGAUGAGCACGAACUCUACGUUGUGGCCGCUGACGGAGAGUUUGUACAUCCGCAGAGGGUUCAUGCUGCUAACUGCAACCUUGGGGAGCGCAUCAGAGUAACAUCUCUUCGCAAAGAGCAAAUCAUUCAGGGCAUUGGCAUCCUUUGUUAUCCGGGGCAAGAAAAUGCUAUGGAUGAGUUGAAGCUCGCCCCUUACCCCUCUCGGCCGCCUCCCUCCAAGGCAGAUAACACAAUCAAGUUCUUCGUCAACAUGACUGGACCGGGUAGUUGGGCUUUGAACAUCGACCCUCACCAAUCGUUUCAGUCACGCGGCGAAACAACCUAUGGAAGCAACACCCAGGGCGGAUCACUCCGGAACGGUGCCGUCGUAGACAUAAUCUUCGAAAACGGCACCAACGCUUUCAUCAUCGGUACUGGGUCCGGUGGCUUCCCUUGGCUGACAGUAGAUGACGUGAUCAGAGAAGGAAACAUGGCGCGCCAUUUCAACUUCCUCAACCCGCCCAACCGGAGCGGCUGCAGAUUGGGUAACAGCACCGGAAACUGGACGGUCAUUCGAUAUGAGAUUUUCUUUCCCGCAGCUAGCAUGCUUCACUGUCAUAUGAUCCAUCACUUCGCUGCCGGACAGCGAGUUGUGCAUCUAGAAGGUGUGGAAUCUAUUCAAAAGAUUCCAGCUAAAAUGAAGGAUAGAGUACACUCCGAUUUCAGCCCCCCUCUUCGAUAUGGCCCACUGGAUUAG